GUAUCUCUUUUACUUGAAAAGCGAGGAGAUACGAUCACGAUCACUGAAGAUCUUAUGAAGUCGAUCCUGGAAAACUGGAAGUACAGUCCACAAUUUCUAUCAUUUCUACUUGAGAAGCAAGGUCAAUUGGUUCCAGCCACAACCAAUGUCUUAAUGGCCGCUGCUAGGAAUAGUAAUGGCAGAAAAGGAGAACAGCUUUUCACUUUCUUUUUUGACAAGCGAGCAAAUACGAUAACGAUCAGUGAGCAAGUUGGGAUGACUGCUGCUGAAAAUAUAUGGGAUGGAGUCCAGCUUUGGAGUCUCUUUUUUGAGAAGCAAGGUGAUACAAUUCUGAUUACUGAAGGGAUUGUGAAAGCUGCUGUUCAAAAUGUGAUGAAAGGGGAUAAGCUUCUAAAUCUCUUUCUUGAGAAGCGAGGAGAUACGAUCCCGAUCACUGAAGAGAUUGUGAAGGCUGCUGCUCAAAAUACAGGGAGGGGAUAUCAGCUUCUAUCUCUCUUGCUUGAGAAGCGAGGAGAAACUAUCCUGAUCACUGAAGGAGUUGUGAAAGCUGCUGCUCAAAACACAGGGAAGGGAGAUCAGCUUCUAUCUCUCCUGCUUGAGAAGCGAGGAGAUAUGAUCCUAAUCACUGAAGGAGUUGUGAAAGCUGCUGCUCAAAACACAGGGAAGGGAGAUCAGCUUCUAUCUCUCCUGCUUGAGAAGCGAGGAGAUACAAUCCUGAUUACUGAAGAAGUUGUGAAAGCCGCAAUCCAGAAUGAUCUCAAAUCAGAAGUGCUUCUAUCACUUUUACUUGAAAAGCGAGGAGAUACAAUCCCAAUCACUGAAGAAGUUGUGAAAGCUGCGAUCCAGAAUGAUUUCAAAUCAGAAGUGCUUCUAUCUCUUUUACUUGAAAAGCGAGGGGAUACAGUUCCGAUCACUGAAGAGGUUGUGAAGGCUGCUGCUCAAAACACAGGAAAUGGAGAUCAGCUUCUAUCUCUCUUGCUUGAGAAGACAGAAGAUCCGAUUCCGAUUACUGAAGAUAUCAUCAAAUUGAUCCUGGAAAACAGGAACUAUAGUCCACAGCUUCUAUCAUUUCUACUUCACAAACAAGGUCAAUUGAUUCCAGCCACAAAUGAAGUCUUAGUGGCCGCUGCUAGCAAUGGCGAAAAAGGAGAACAGCUUUUAACCUUCUUUCUUGACAAGGGAGGAGAUCCGAUUCCAAUCACUGAAGAGAUCGUGAAGGCUGCUGCUCAGAAUAUAGAGAGUGGAUAUCGGCUUGUAUCUCUCUUGCUUGAGAAGCGAGGAGAUACGAUCCCGAUCACUGAAGAU